UAACGAUACGAUGCCCGAAGUAACGAUUAAUAAUGUUAUCGUUAAUUUUCCUUUCAAACCAUAUUCUGUUCAAGAGGAAUACAUGGCAAAAGUGAUAGAGUGUCUUCAGAAUAGCAAAAAUGGUGUUCUAGAAUCUCCAACUGGAACAGGAAAGACUCUUAGCCUUUUGUGUUCCUCUUUAAGUUGGCUAUUAACCAAAAAAGCCCAAUUGCAGGCAGGGUCAUUAGUCGGUGCCAUAGAGACACCAAAUUUUGGAGGACAUUUCUUUAAAAAAUUAAGUAAUGGACUUAAAGAAGCUGCAGGCAAUUCAGAGCCUUCUUCUAGUUUUAACUGGACAGCACCAAAAAUUAUCUAUGCAUCCAGAACACAUUCACAACUGUCUCAAGCGAUACAGGAGUUAAAGAGAAGUUCUUAUAAACAUGUAAACGUGGCAGUAUUGGGAUCUAGAGAUCAAAUGUGUAUUCAUCCAGAAGUUUCCAAAGAGACUAAUACUUCCAAUAAAAUACAUAUGUGUCAUUGCAAAGUUAAAACUAGAACAUGUAUUUAUUAUAAUAAUGUUGAGACAAGGAAAGAGGAACCUUUGUUCAAACAAGAAGUAUUAGAUAUAGAGGAUUUAGUAAAAGCUGGCCAGAAAUUCAAAUGUUGUCCAUACUUUUUAUCCAGAGAACUUAAGCAAAAUGCAGAUAUAAUUUUCAUGCCAUAUAAUUACUUACUGGAUGUAAAAACACGCAGAUCCCAAGGUGUAGAACUGCAAAACAAUGUUAUUCUUAUAGAUGAAGCACACAAUAUUGAAAAAAUAUGCGAAGAGGCAGCAUCCUUACAGAUAUGUAGUACAGAUAUUGCCAUGUGUAUUAAUGAAGUAACAGCAGUAAUGGAAGAAAUGGCUAAUGAUGUUACAAAUAAUGAUUUUUUAAUGGAAAAUUCAGGAAAUGUACAAAAAGAUUUUACUGCGGAUGAUUUAUGCAUUUUGAAAGCUAUGUUUUUAGAACUGGAAAAGGCUAUUGACUCUAUAAAAAUAGUAAAACGCGAUGAAGGAGACACACUUCCUGGUGGAUAUAUUUUUGAAUUGUUGGAAAAGGCACAAUUAACCCAUGGCAAGGAGCAACUAGUAGUAGAGAAACUAGACAAAAUUAUUCUUUAUUUAACAACUACAAGUACCUCUCCAUUUGCAAGGAAAGGUAAUGCACUCCAAAAAUUCAGUGACCUGCUAAGAGUUGUAUUCAGCAAUGCUAGUAGCUUAUACUAUAGAGAAAAAAUUAAACAAUGUUAUAAAGUAUAUGUUCAGUUAGAGGAAACAAAAAAGAAUUAUAAACAUGAUAUAUGGGAAACAAAGAAAACCACUUUAAAAAAUGAAGGCAAAAUGAUUAGUUACUGGUGUUUCAGCCCUGGUUUUAGCAUGCAGCAGUUAAUGGAUCAAGGUGUACGUUCAAUAGUAUUAACAAGUGGUACAUUGUCUCCAUUAAAACCUUUUAUAUCUGAACUUGGGAUACCAAUCGAUGUUCAAUUGGAAAGUCCACACAUUGUAAAAGGAGAUCAAGUCUGCAUUGGCGUUCUUAGCCAAGGUCCUGAUGGUUUUUCAUUAAAUUCUUCUUUCAAUACAAGGAAUGAUCCAAAAUAUAUAGCAUCUCUUGGACGAACUAUAUUUAAUUUUAGUUGUCUCAUUCCUCAUGGUAUGUUAGUUUUUUUCCCUUCAUAUCCAAUAAUGAAGAAGUGUAGAGAAGAAUGGCAAAACACAGGUUUAUGGACAAAAAUUGCAGACCAUAAACCUAUAUACGUAGAAUCACAAUACAAAGAUGGUUUUAUAAAUAUAAUGAACGAAUAUUGCGAAAAAAUUAAUGAUCCUUCUGGUAAAGGAGCCAUCUUCAUGGCCGUCUGUAGAGGUAAAGUGAGCGAAGGACUCGAUUUUGCUAAUGCAAAUGGUAGAGCUGUAUUAAUUACUGGUCUUCCAUUUCCGCCUUUAAAAGACCCACGAGUUAUAUUAAAACAGCGAUACUUAGAAGAAAUGAGGAGUAACAACAAAGAUGCUUUGUCUGGACAGCAAUGGUAUCAACUUGAAGCAUCGCGAGCUGUUAAUCAAGCUAUUGGCCGAAUAAUACGUCAUAAAAAUGAUUAUGGAGCCAUAAUUCUUUGUGAUUGUAGAUUUGAUAAUCCAAGUUUUAAAAAACAUUUAUCUGCUUGGUUGAGACCUAAUAUUAAAAACUUUACUAAUUUCGGAAUAAUUACAAAGAAUUUAAGAGAUUUCUUUAAAUAUGCCGAACACACUCUACCACAACCAAAUAUGCCGCCUAAAAGUAAUAAUAUUUCGGUGUCUGCAAUGGCGGCAUCUUUUGAUACAACUGUAUCUCGAACUGCGCGAAAUGUUACAAAAUACAUGUCUGAAACAACGACUUCGUUAGAAGAUACUUUUAAUAUAGACUCAUAUACUAAUGAAAAUGGAAAGGACAGCAAAUCAUAUGGUUUGACGAAAAAGAAUUUCUCCGAGCUUCUAGCAACGGAGUCAAAGCCCGUAAUUAAUUUUAAUGAUUGCAAAUUAAAGCAAAAUUAUGUCACCUGUGACCUAACAAAGAAUACCAUUGAACCAAUUACAAAGAGAAGAAAAAUAAAAAUGUUACCUGUAGAAUUUAAUGAGUGCUUGUCUGGUCCUUCAACUUCAUCUGGGAACACAGCAAGUAUAGAUAAUUCGAAAUAUUCGCAACAAAACUCUCAAGAAUCGAACAAUGAUACUGAUAAAAAGGCUUUGGGCAAAACAUACUUAAAAGAGGUAAAACGUUCCUUAUCGGAAACUAAUUACAAAAUAUUUGCAAAAAUGAUACAAGACUAUACAAAGAUGGGCGAUCUCGAAGAGUUGCUCAAAGUACUUGAAAAUAUAUUUCCACGGAAGGAAGGCUUAUUUCAUUUAUUUAUAGGGUUUAAACGUUUUUUAAAAAAACAACAUAUCAAUGCAUUUGAUACUCGCGUCACACGUUUACAAAACACGCAGAUAUUACAUUAAAUAUUGCAAAAAAUGGAAAGACUGAUAAUUUCUAAAUUUAUAGGAUGUUUAUAAAAAGUGUGCUUUAAGUAAGUAUUACAUGUUUUUUAAAUUGUUUAAUUUUUUGUUUAUAAUCACGACAAAUAACAUUAUAAAAUAAAUGUAAAGGUGAAUGUAUUAUUAUUAUUAUUAUUAUUAUUAAAACGUUUAGU